AUGGCAGAUGUACCUUUUGAAAUUAUAGAAAAUCCAUUUGUAAAAGAUUUUUUAAAAGAGUUAAAUCCAGGAUAUAUACCUCCUUCUUGUAUAACUCUUUCAGGACGAUUUUUAGAUAAAGAAGUUGCUCGA